GUCAGAUGAACGGGCUGAACCCCAUGAGCUGCUGUGGCCAGGAUGCUAUCAGAAAGCCCUCGCACCAGGCAGUGUGGGGGCGUUGACCUUGAUGGAGCCACGAUCCGUCCCCGGGUGGCAGCACAUCCCUGGCCUCAGAUAACAGGGACAACACAGCUCGUGAGGAGGAGCGCUUGGCGGCAAAGCAUUGGCAGGGCAGAGGGACAGCGGUGAGGGCUGCUUCCAGCCCCAAGCCCUCACCAACCAGCCCUGAGUCAUGCUCUGACAAAUGUCAAGGUGUGGUUUAAAGCCUGAGUUGUUUUCUUUUUUUUUCUUUUUUCAAACACAAGCCUCUUUUAUCUACCCCUCGGUAGUCAAGCUUUUCUACCUAAGCAGACUGGAAACUUCUCCUCACCAGACCUCUUUCUCACGUUGCCAUCUCAUUUCGGCACCGAGGGUGGUCAGAAAACGAAGCUAGAGCUGCAAGGGCUGGCAGAAGGCACUGUGGUGGUGAGCUUGAUGCUUCUCCAGGGCCCUGCCCGAGGCGCUCGCAGAUCGAUGCUCACUGGCCAGCUGGCUGCCCACAGCCAGAGAGUUUCCCAGAAAUGGAGACCUCAGUGCUCCCCGCAGCAGCCUCCCCACCACACUUGUGCUGAGGCAGUCGCAUCUUCUCAGUGCUGUGGUCGGGAGGCAUGCGUGGGCUCGUGCGGGUCGGUGACACAUGGAAACAUGCUGCUGUGAACCUCGGAGCUACUGCUGUGAGCGUGGGGCAGCUGGUGGGCUGUGGGUGAGAGGGCUCACGAGGGGGCAGCACGUGGGCUGCUGCAGGUGCUCCUGCCUCCAGACACUGUAGCAGAGGUGUUGAGGAUGGGUUUUGUCACGAGGCCGGUUGCAGCUGCUGAGCUUCAUAGGUUGGAUGCUGAUGGCAGUGCUGGUGUCAGAAGCACGUGCUGCGAUGCUGCUGCGGGGAGCCAGCAAUACCUGUGCCGGGCUGCGUGAGGCUGCCUGCAGCAGCAGCCCUCCGAGGGAUGCUCCCUGCCAGCCUUCCUCCAGCUCAGCCCUGCAUGCCUGCUGGAAGGUGCUUCUGCAGCAUUGCUGUCGGGGCUGCUGAUUUUGCAAGAGGCACAUCCUGCCACCAUCACCCCGAGAUGUGACUGCUGAGGUGCAUGCAGCUCUCAGUUUAACAGCCCCCUCAAGCCCCCAGGACCUGCUAGCCCCCACUGCCUGUUGUACAUGGAGGAGAUUCCCAGUGUCCUGCUGUCUCCCCAGGAGCUGAGCAUCUCACCAGCUGGCUUCAGCAGCCAACAAGCCACCAUCUCCUGCAGAAGGAAGUUAGGGAAUGUGUUUUGCCAGGUUCCUCAUGAUGCCCAUCUCGGCGAGGGAGCUCUGCAGAUCACAGAAGCUCAGCAGUCCUUCCUGUCCCAACCUCAUCGAUCCGAUGCAGCGGCCAUGGGAGUAGAGCAGGGAGGCAAAGGAGAGCCUGCACAUCGCAGCAAAACUCUGGUUACCUGGUACAGAUCAGCCCCUCCUUGCUUCUGACAAGCAGAUUUGUUGCUAUUUUGCAAACCAAACAGCAGGUCCAGCCCCUGGGGAGCUGCUGAUGGAUCACACACCAGGUUGUCCCCGAGCCCAGCAUACCCUCCUUGCUGACCCACUGCCUCCACUGCUUGUCUGCAUCAUGGGGAAAAAGGAGACAGGACUAAAGCUUCCCCCCUACCAGCUUCCUUCAUGGCCCCUAAGGCUCACAGUCUGCUUUCUGCAAGCAGACAGGUUGUGAUUUCCUGCUAUUCUCGUGGGAACCAGGGCCUGAAGGGACUACACCAGCUGGCGAGUGCCCAGCCCGUGGCACUUUUGUCCCCAUGAGGUCUCCAGCAGCUUCAGCUCAGUGGCGGUGACUGCAAUGCACCCAGCUUGCGAGAAAAAAAAAUGCCAACAUUCCAGAGGCAGACCCAUGCAGCUAAUGGCAGCCUUGUGAGCAGGAGGGAGGACACAACCACUGCCUGGCCAGAUAGGAGCACACCAUCGGCACAGCUGGUGGGCAGGACGUGGACCAGCUCGUGAAAAAGAUCAGCAAAAAGCUGCAGGAUUCGCUGAGAAGCUCGGUGGUGGAAGGAAGGCGCUCAGCAGGAAGGCGCGGAUUGCUGGGGACUGCAUCAGUUCAAAACCGUGUGUGAGAGGAUCUUCUUUCUUAACAUAGACCUUGCUAUGGGAAAAUGAUGCAGGCAAAUGACAGAGGCUGAAACCUGCCUCAGCUCUUCCUGCGUGCUUUUAGAUCCCUCAAGUUUGCCUGCCAGACCUGAAAUGCCACUAGUGAAUAAUCAAGUGAUCCUCUGGGUGCCCCGUGCCCAUGCGGUGUGGGCCUGCGUGCGGUCCUGCCCGGCCAGCUGUGUGUGCACCCAGGAGCGGAGCUGCUCCGUCCUCUGUGACCGUGCUGGCCUGGGGCAGAUCCCCAGCGAGUUCCCUUGCGAAGCCUCCUCGAUCAACCUGGAUAAAAACAGCAUCAAGUUCCUCGCCGAGAGGGCCUUUGGGACUUUGCCUUCCCUCAAGUCCCUGUCCCUCAACCACAACAACAUCUCCUUCAUCACCCCGGGAGCUUUCAAGGGGCUGCCCAGCCUGACCGAGCUGAAGAUGGCCCACAACGAGUACAUCCGCUACCUCCACACGCGGACUUUCACCGCCCUCAGGCGGCUGGUCAAGCUGGACCUGGCGGAUUGCAACCUGUUCAACAUCCCGGACAGGAUCUUCAUCGAGCUGCCUGCCCUGCAGGAGCUCCUCUGCUUCCAGAACAACUUCCGAAGGAUCCCAGGUGCCAUCAGGGGCAUGGAGAAUCUGACCCACGUCUACCUGGAGAGAAACAGGAUCGAAGCGGUAGCCUACAACUCCCUGCAGGGCCUGAUCAAGCUGAAAUACCUGAAUCUGCAGGACAACAGGAUAAAUGUCAUCCACGAGCGAGCUUUUCAGGGCUGCAGGAAGAUGGAGUACCUGUACCUGAAUGACAACUUGAUCAGUGAGCUUCCAGAAAACUCCUUUGACGGCCUGAGGUUCCUGAAAAUGCUCAACCUGGGGGGGAAUUUCCUCAGGAACGUUUCCAACACCUGGUUCCGGGACCUGGUGGAGCUGGAGGUCCUGUACCUGGACCGCAACAGGAUCAACUACAUUGAGGAGGGGGCUUUCGAGAACCUCACCAGCCUGGUCUCCUUGCACUUGAACGGCAACAACCUGACGACCCUGCCCUUUUCUGUCUUCCAGCCGGUGUACUUCCUGGGGCGGCUGUACCUCUUCCGCAACCCCUGGGAGUGCGACUGCCGCAUCGAGUGGCUGAAGGAGUGGAUGGAGAGCUACGGGCUCGUCAGGGAUAUCCCCUGUGCCUCCCCGUCCUCGGUAGCUGGGAUUGACCUGAUGGACGUGCUCUAUGACAGAUCACCAGAAGGUUACUGUCUCGACCCGGUGGAGCUAAACGUCACGUCUGACAGCACGACCCCAAGCGGAGAGCCUUUCUCUACCACGGAGAGCAAGUUCAACAGCCUUAUCUCUAAACUCUUGCUCCAGAUGGGCCUUCCUGAAGACGUGUCAAACACCACCGAGGUCUUCAGUAACGCCACGCAGCUGGAUGGACUGGCUGAUGGGGUUUCUUCUGGGGCAGGGGAAGAUGGCUGCAAAGCCGCCGCCUUCUCUUUUCAGCUCCCAGCACUUCUUACAGUGGUUGUUUUGCAGAGCAAGUAGUCCAAGGGCUGCCCGGAGCAUGGGUCCUGCUUAAGCAUUUAGUCCCUGUCCCUACCUAGCCCUGGGCACCACCUGGGGCUGCUAUGCCAGCUCUUGCAAAAAGGAGAACGGCACCUGGGGAGGGUCUGGGGGAAAGACAGCAUGUUGACUGAGACCUCAGACAGGGUUUUUAUCCUUUCUCCCCCUGCUAUCCUGGCAUAUCUACAGGAAAACCGGAGAGACCCGUUUUCAUCAAAAGUCUUCUCAGAGGAAAAGCUAUUUCAACACAACAGCAUACUCAUUAAUGACUGUUUCAAAUGUGUUCUUAUUUUUCAACAAAUAUAUUGUUUCAAGGAGUAUGUUGUUUUUAUUUAUAGAUUAUUUCAUGGCCUGACAGCUGGAGCAGAAUAUGGUGAAUGUGGCCAGGCUGUACUAAAUAUAUUACGUUUCUACCACCAAUGUAUAUCACAUGGCAUGCCAUAUUAUACACUGCUAACCAACCAUACUGUCAUUUUCUUUUAUAUGACAUCUUAUAUGUUUUGUCGUUGAAAUCUUCAAUGAAAGCUGCUACUCUGACCAGACGGAUUUAUAUUUUCUGUAUUAGAACACAUUAACAAAACAAUUUGAUAUUUUCCUCUCAAAAAUAAAUUAGUUGCU